AUGUCCCGAUUUCCGUGGGCGUCUCCGUCUCGGACAUCAGUUUCCAUCACCAAUUCACCACCAUCACUUGACACCAUCAGCAGGUCACGAACUCGAGCGGCGACAAUCACUACCUCGCCAACACCACUUCACCACAACGACCGGCUAGUGUCUACUACUCCACCUCUAUCCACCACUCCCACACCUCCUAACGACCCCACUCCCACACCUUCUAACGACCCUAUAUUCACCACUCCCCCACCUCCUCACGACCCUAUAUUCACCACUCCCCCACCUCCUCACGACCCUAUAUUCACCACUCCCCCACCUCCUCACGACCCUAUAUUCACCACUCCCCCACCUCCUCACGACCCUAUAUUCACCACUCCCCCACCUCCUCACGACCCUAUAUUCACCACUCCCCCACCUCCUCACGACCCUAUAUUCACCACUCCCCCACCUCCUAACGACCCUAUAUCCACCACUCCCACACGUCCUAACGACAGGCUGCUGUCUGCCGAGCCGGAGCCAUCGCCAUUACCAACUCCUGGUACCACUCGUAACUCCUCUUCUCCGCCGUCAGGUUCCUCGCUGCCACCUCCGAGGACCUCAAAGUCAUCGCCACCGCCAAGCUCGUCGAGUGCAUCAACAGGGCUUGUUGUUGGGAUUGCGAUUGGUGGUGUAGUGAUUCUUGCAAUUUUGAGCAUUUUGUUCAUAUGGUGCAAGAAGAAGAAGAGAAGAGACCAUGAUGACUAUGUUCUACCAUCACACGAGCCUAAAGGUGAGAGACCUUUUUUCCGUUCUACUUGUUGUUCCUUCUUAUCUUGUCAUGUGUUGAAAUUCUCCUGA